UUCUGUAAUGCUACCUAUUUUGAAUAUUUAUUAAGAGUGGUCGAGUGUUGAAAGGGAUUUCGUACGAAAUGACUGCAAGGACCCUCUUGCAGUCCCGAUGGGUCGUGGCUUUUGCUUUGCUUACUACCUUUGUAAGCUUUUCCGAAACGUGGAUGAAUGAUAGGCCGGUGCUGGAAGUUCGCGACGGAAAUCUCUUCAUCACUAGUGCCCAAGAUAAGAACAUCACUUUACAGACUCGUGGUACGAGCUACGUCACCGUAAACGGACUCAAUCUGGUACAGGUCGCGUCAUCGGCGUACAACGCUUCGCAAUUGGUGGAAAGAUGGAAAUAUGGAAUUCUCGCAGAUGUUGAGUCCAGUCUAAGGGAGAUAAAAGGAACGAUAUACGACGAUCGCGUUGGUCUAGUGAGCAGAAUUAGCGCGAUUGAAGUUGGCGCUGGACAGAACGAUACCAAUAGUAUUCCUUCUGGAAAUCAACGUACCGAUGGAAGUGAUAGUCUUGAAAAUUUUGCACGAACUCGAAUUCAGCGGCUCACCGUACGAGUACGUCGAACGGAACGCCAGAUCAGAGAUAUCCUGAAUAAGUUACAAACCGAUGAAUGUGCAAGUAAUCCUUGCCAGAAUGGCGGUACUUGCGAGGAUUUGAUAGACGGGUAUAAAUGCCGCUGCAUAGAAGGCUGGGAGGGGCCGCAGUGCACUAAGGAUGUUGAUGAAUGUGCCAGGUACCUCGGAACUGACUUAGGAUGUCAGAACAAUGCUGUCUGUAGAAAUCUCGCUGGAAGUUAUCGAUGCGACUGUACAUCAGGAUGGUACGGUAUACACUGCACUAAACAGACAAAAGUAUGCAACAGAGAAAACUCAAACGAACUGUGUGGGCACGGUGUCUGCGUUGAUAAUAAGAAUACAUUACUUGGCUACUCUUGCUCGUGCGACGAGGGUUGGACUAGUACCAGUGCAAAUCCGGCUUGUGUCGAAGACGUCGACGAGUGUGCUGCCAAGCAUCCUCCAUGCUCCGUCAGUCCCAUGGUACCGUGCAUCAACCUGCCUGGGAGCUUUCACUGCGGAUCUUGUCCUCAGGGUUUUACAGGAAACGGAUACUACUGCGCGGAUAUCGACGAGUGUCUGACUAACAACGGUGGCUGCAGUCUUUCACCCUUAGUGCAAUGCUUCAAUACAAUGGGGUCAAGGAUGUGCGCAUCGUGUCCAACUGGUUAUGAGGGCGAUGGCGUGACCUGCAACUACGUCGGGCGUUGUAGAAUAAACAACGGCGGUUGUCAUCCGUUAGCCAUAUGCAUCAAUAGCCCAGGCAUGGGCGACUGGUCCGUUCAAUGUCGCUGUCCGGCCGGUUAUCAUGGUGAUGGAAUGGGACCAAACGGCUGCGAGGUGGGAUCCGAUGUUUUGGGUCCUUCGGCUUGCACCAGCAACCCCUGCAGCCACGGAACUUGUAUUCCAAAUGAGCUUCAUGAUUACACGUGUCGAUGUCAAUCUGGAUAUACCGGAAGAAACUGCGAUACCCAAGCGAAUCCUUGCAAUCCUAAUCCUUGUCAAAAUCAGGGUAUAUGUACCGUUUCUGCAAGACAACGACCAACUUGCAAGUGCACCACAAGCUUUACUGGACCCCGGUGUGAAACUCCCAGAGAGGCCUGUGGAGGAAAUAUUGAGGAACCAGCAGGGAUUUUGCAAUUCCCCAGUGACGGUAGUCAGUAUCCACAUCGCUUGAGCUGCGCCUGGGUUCUUAAGGCCAAUGAAAACAAAGUUUUGAAUAUUACCUUCACGGCUUUCGGCUUGGAAUCUUCCACGAACUGUCAGAACGAUUUCCUUCAGAUUCAUGACGGCCGCACAGCUGCAGAACACUUCAUCGGAAGAUACUGUGGCACGAACUUACCCGGAAAUGGAAGUAUAAUCUCAUCUGAUAGGUAUGUGUACCUCUGGUUCCACUCGGACACAAGCAAAUCUCAUGACGGAUUCAGCAUCAACUGGACGUCGAUAGAGCCUCAAUGUGGAGGUGAGGUGAGCGCAGGUAUUGGUAUGAUAAAGUCUCCGGGAUGGUCGCGUAGAUAUCCGCCCAACAGAGACUGCCGGUGGCACGUUAUCGUCAACCCUGGAAAGCGAAUUCAAUUCCACUUCUACACAAUGAUGCUGGAGGAGAAUCCUACUUGCCAGAAAGAUUAUCUGAAGAUCACGGAUGGGCCAAGCGACAGAAGCCAUCAGUUGGGACUUUUCUGUAACCACACCCAUCUACCACAACUUGUUACAUCUGGAUCGGAAGCUUGGCUUCAUUUUCACUCUGACGAUUCGGGACAAGACCUCGGUUUUGAGAUCGGUUUCUCGGCCAUUGAAGGAUCACCGGGAUGCGGAGGCAUUUAUACUGCGUCUUCUGGCACCAUCACUUCACCCAAUUUCGAAACUCGGUACGAUCCAAACUUGGAUUGUGAGUGGAGAAUUCAAAUACCGGUUGGAGAACGAAUCAAGCUAACAUGGGUCAGCUUCGACCUCGAGGGUUCCUAUAGUUGCAGGUGGGAUUUUGUUGAGGUACGGGAAGGUAUGGACGUAAGAAGUCCAUUGAUUGGGAGGUAUUGCGGCUCCACGCUGCCGCAGUCUAUACGAUCUGACUCAAAUGUUGUACUGAUAAGAUUCAAAAGUGAUCAGUCUUUUCAUGGGAAAGGCUUUAAACUAAAUUACGAGGUCGAAUGCGGCGGAGAAUUUGUAGAAUCCACGGGCGUUUUGAAAUCCCCUUACUAUCCAAAUCCUUAUCCAGCGUCGAGGACAUGCAUCUACGAAAUAAUACAGCCACCUGGGAAAGCUAUAAGAUUGACGAUCAAUGAUAUGGAUAUUCAGGGUUCAGGGCGAUCCUAUUGCAACUACGAUUACUUGGAAAUCCACGAUGGUCAAAGUGAGAAGGCGACAAUGCUUGGAACCUACUGUGGCACUAACGUAUCGAUUCCCAAUUACCCCAUUAUGUCAACGCACAACAAUAUGUGGAUCAAGUUUAAUACAGACGCCCGUAAUGAGACACGAGGGUUCAUGGCUACCUACGACGUUAUCGAUAUAAGAUGUGGAGGUAACUUUAUAGCAACAACGGGUAUAAUUCAGUCCCCCUCUGACGACGGGAAAUACGGUCAUAACGAGGAAUGCACCUGGAACAUUCAGGCACCCUCAGGAUUUAUUGUGCGGCUUAGUUGGCACUCGUUUAAUCUAGAGUCACAUCCAGCCUGCCACCACGAUUAUGUCAAAGUAUACGAUUAUACUGAGAUGGACGUGAAACAGGAAAUGGGAACGUUCUGCGGAACGGCGAUACCUCACGUGAUGACGACGCAAUCGCAAAAGAUGUCGAUCAACUUUCAUACAGAUCAUUCCGUAGCGAGGGACGGAUUUAUGGCUGCGUAUACAUUUAUCGAUGCUUCAAGAUUCUGUGGCGGGCACUUAUCCACGCUGACAGGCGUCAUUAAGUCGCCAGGUUACCCCCAGCCCUACCCGACAAACAGAGUAUGCGAAUGGUUCAUCUAUGCUCCUAGCAAGCACCAAGUCGUAUUGAAUGUUAGGAAUUUCAGCAUCGAGGGGCACCCAUCAUGCAUAUCUGACAGUUUGGAAGUUAGAAACGGGGGCUCGGAUUCAUCUCCUCUGAUUGGAAGAUACUGUGGAACAGAAAUACCGAGGCAAAUUUCCAGCUUCGGCAAUCAAAUGUACCUGAAAUUUACAUCUGAUUACUCAAGAAGUGGCGCCGGUUUCAAUAUAGAAUGGGACAGCAACGUAGUUGGUUGCGGGGGUGUAUCAACAACCUCAAGUGGGUCGUUCACUUCUCCUAAUUAUCCUCAGCCGUAUUAUCACCACGCUGAAUGCAACUGGAAAAUUACGGUUGCUCCCGGCAGCAUUAUUCAAUUUAUCAUAGUGGACCUCCAGCUCGAAGAACAUGACCAAUGUCGAUUCGAUUUUGUCAAGAUUACUGAAGGGGUUCCUGGACACAGCAAAAGCUUGGGAAAAUACUGCAGCAGCAACCAUCCGGUCUACGUACAGACGACAACGAAUGUAGCCAGCAUUCGUUUCCAUAGCGAUUACAGCAACGCCGGUCGUGGUUUUCACAUAAAUUACCAAACUAUAUGCCACCGCAUACUUAAGGGUUUCCGAGGAGUGAUUGAAUCGCCAAAUUUCCCGAACAAUUACCCACACCGAGAAAACUGUAGCUGGGUGAUCGAGGCGCCCCUGGGUAACAAGAUAAAUGCGACCUUUUCUCACUUCGACCUAGAAGCAGGGCUCGACUACUCUUGCGAUUACGAUUACCUAACAGUAAGCGAAGGGGAUUACAAUGUGUCGAAGAAAUUUAUCAACAAAUACUGUGGCAUGGAACUUCCACCAAAGAUAGUAUCUACUCAACGUCAGGUCUUUCUUCAAUUCUAUUCCGACAGCUACAUUGCAAGUAAUGGCUUCCGGCUUGAAUGGGUUGUAAACGGUUGCGGUGGUCUCUUAACUAGACCACAAGGUACGAUCACAUCUCCAGGAUGGCCCAGGCCGUACCCAGCAAAUAUUGAAUGCAAUUGGAACAUCGAGGUGGACUAUUCUCACAGUAUAGAAAUUCAGUUGGUUGAAGUCGACAUAGAAAAGACGUCGAAAUGCGGAUUUGAUAAAUUGAGCGUGUACAAUGGAGCCGAUGAUAAUGCGAUACAGCUAAUAGAAACAUGCCACGUGUCCAGCCCGGUGACACUUACCAGUACAGGAAGGCAAAUGUUCAUCAAAUUUCACGCCGACUCCUCUAUCGAACGUUCGGGAUUCAAAGCUACUUAUAGAAGCGUUCCUAUCGAAUGCGGUGGUAAAUUCACCACAGCUACGGGGGUCAUACAUUCCACAAACUACCCGUUGAACUAUCAGGAAAAUCAGAACUGCGAGUGGCUCAUUCAAAUUGCUGAAAACCACCUCGUCAAUCUGACAUUCCUGGACUUUGAUGUUGAGAGGACAAGAAACUGUAAAGACGAUUAUGUCAAGAUUUACGAUGGUUCAACGCAAGAUGCGCGCCUACUGGGAACUCAUUGCGACAAUGUACUCCCUCCGUCUUACAUUUCCUCGAGCAACAGCCUUUUAGUAGUCAUGAGAACAGACAGCCACAUCACGGCGAAGGGUUUUAAGGCAAGGUACGAUAUGGCAUGCGGAGCACGCAUUGUCACCCGUAGUGCCGGAACUAUAACGAUGAAUUCUGCAAUCGGCUUACAUACAGAUAUAGAGAACUGCACAUGGACCAUUAUAGCCGAAGAUCCAGCGGAUCAUGUCACUUUAACGUUGACGGACAUGAGACUACCGUCAUCGCUUGUUGUGGGUAGCGAUGAGUGCGAUGCAUUUUCUAUAAAGGUUUUUGAGGGCGAAGAAACAGGUGGACUAUCGCUGGGUACCUGGUGUGGAACUAAAGUUCCACCGCCAAUAACAAGUCAAGGAAAUGUUUUAUCCAUCCAUGCCACAUCUCAGUACGGCAUAUUGUACGUGGGAAAGUUUACAGGGGCUUACUCUGUCCUGAACUCAGCUUGCGGAGGUACUUACACAUCGGAACAGGGAGCGAUUGCCACACCUGGAUAUCCAAGCAAUUACCCCCGAAAUGUGGAGUGUGUUUGGAACCUUCAAAUAUCGCCGGGGAACGCGAUAAGCUUGUCAUUCAGGGAGUUCGAUGUGACUGAAAGUGAGAACUGUAAUUUGGAUUACGUCGAGGUACGGGAAGUGAAUGGGGCUGGAAGACUACUCGAUGUGUAUUGCGGCAAAAACGCAAGCACGAUAAUUUCGCAGAAAAAUUUGUGGGUCAAGUUCAAAAGUAGCGCGGAAGAUACAAAAAAAGGAUUCGUAGCUGAUUAUAGCAUUGUACAUGGAAAUCUGGAGCUGUCAGGACCCAGUGGAGACAUUGCGUCUCCGUUAUAUCCAAAUGUAUGCAUACUGGACGGAGAAUAUUUCUGGCGUAUUACCGUUGACAUCGGAUUUACGAUACAAAUCACCUUCAAAGAUUUCUAUAUCGAAAAAUACGGAAGCGAAUGUUACAUAGCACUUGUUAUUUAUGAUGGAUAUGACGCGGAUGCUCCGGUUUUGAUGAGAGAGUGUGGUAUGAUAUUACCGAGUAUGGUACGAACUUCCAGUAAUGUAGUGUACAUCAAGUUCAAUUCGAUAAUAUUACAAGAAGGUAGCAAAUUUUUCUUAAGCUGGUUGGAAGUUCCCAGAAGUACCAUUGGUCCUGAAGAUCCUGUUUCGGAUGAAGUAAUCGUGUUGACUGCUCUGAGGAACAGCACCUACACUCUCAUGUCACCUGGCUGGCCAAAUGGUUACGAAUCCGAACUCAAAAGCACCUGGGCCAUCGAGUCACUUCCUGGAACACACUUAGCAAUAAAAUUUAUCAAUUUUGACCUGGAAGAAACCGAAGGUUGCAUUGCUGAUCAAGUUAAAAUUUAUACGGGAAAUUCUUUGACAUCUCAGCAACAGUGGACACAGAUAGGAAACUUCUGCUAUCGCAACACUACUGGCACGACUAUAGAAGCAUCAAAUUUAAUGAAAAUCGAAUUUAACACCGACUCGUAUGGAAAUAAAACCGGAUUCAAGGCUGUAGUUCGGAGAGUAUGUGGUGGUGAGCUGUACGGACCGAACGGAGUUAUAGAAGUUAAUCGAACAACGGAUUCUGACCCUGAUAGUAGAUGGUGGCAUCAUGUGUGUGAAUGGAAGGUUACCGUAAGGCCGGGGAGAACUAUAGAAGUCAAGUUUACCGAGUUGAACAUACAGAGUAGCACUGAUGUUUCAUGUGCGGAAAACUAUGUUAUGUUGAAAAACGGCCACGCAGUCUCGUCCCCUCUCCUCGGUGAUGGCAAAUAUUGCGGUAGCACACUUCCAGCUCAGAGUUUGCAAACAACUGGGAAUUUACUCUAUGUCAAGUUCACUGGCUCGAAGAUGCAUAAUCUCUUCAAACUCACGUACAGGGAGGUGGGAAUGAAUUGUGGUGGUGAAAUCCUUCUAACGCAGGAAAACCAAAGUUGGAACAUAAGCAGUCCAAACUAUCCAAACAUGCCAGACCCAUAUACCGAGUGUACCUGGACAGUAAUGGCACCGGGUGGAGAACUGAUCUCGAUUCAUUUCCCUGAGAGAUUCGAUUUUACCUUCGAUCCCGAUUGCAAUAAAGAAUAUCUUGAAAUCAGAGAUGGAGGAACUGAGUUAUCGACGUCCUUAGGACGAUAUUGUAACGCGAAUCCACCCAGUUUGACCACGAGCGGAAAUGUCAUGUAUCUUCAUUUUUAUACUGAUGUAUCCGACCCUAAAAAUGGUUUCAAGGCUAUAGUCAACACUGGCAAUCACUGUAACAGAGUUGUACGAGGCACACAAGGAGUGAUACAAUCACCUAAUUAUCCAGACCCUUAUCCAACUGGGUAUCAUUGUAACUGGACUAUCAUCGGCACUUCUACUCACACAGUAAAGCUGCAAUUUUUAGACCUCGAUUUACCAAGCAGAAUGAAUUGCAGCCAUACUGACUAUGUCGAAAUUAGUGAUUAUGUAAGACUUGGCUGGUACGAGCCUUGGGUGAAGAACAGCAUUGGUAAAUAUUGUGGAUAUUCGAAGCCUGGAGUGAUUCAAGCAGUGGGAAAUAAAGCAGAGAUUGUUUUCACAAGCAAUCAAAGUCUGUCCACUAGGUUUAAAGGAUUCAAAAUCAGAUUUACUACGUCUGAAGAAACAUGUGGCGGUGACCUCGUCGGCGAAGCUGGUGAAUUCACAUCACCCGAUUACCCUCGUGCUACGUUUACGAGAAUGAGGAUUUGUGUGUGGAGAAUAACAGUGCCAGAAGGAUAUCGUGUUCAAUUCGAUCUAAUUGAUUUUAACCCAUCUGCAUCGCUUGAAGACAUAUCAUUCUUGUUAUCAGACGACAUUCAUGUUUACAAUUCUUUCGAUUAUGGCGGUGCGAUUGAAAUCGCGACGAACACCGGCACGCAGAAGCAAUUUCUCAGUAGCGGCAACACGAUGCUUGUUCAGUACUGGAUGAACUUUCGGUCCACCGUCAGUUUCAAAGCUCGUUACAGUAGCAUCGCUCCUGCACUGUGUGGUGGUAAACUAACAAGCGGUCAGGGUACUUUGAUUUCCCAUGACGAUUCUAUCCACAAUCUGACGAAGUUUUGGUGUAAAUGGACACUUCGUUCGCCUUUCGUCAAUUCAACAGAACAAACCCUUGCAUUGAAUGCGUCACUAGUGCUUGGUGGAGUACCCACUGAUGAAAGAGGCUUGUGUAGAUUUUUCGACCCGAGACUUACGGUAACUGAUGGUGUUGGAGAUCAAGUCGGUGACAUUUGUGGACAUGUAGAUGGUAUUACCUUACGAAGUCCGUCGCCAAAUAAUGUAAUUAUAUUAGAUAAACGAAUUUAUCAUCUAGGAAGUACAGUAGCUAAGAUAAUUGCCACGAUUAGCUACCGCUGGAAUCUGUGCGGUGGAUUACUGGGCGGCCCUUCUCAAACAAUUACUGCACCAAAAAAUCAGACGUACCCGAUAGAUUGCGUCUGGAAAAUAGAGUAUCCGGAUGCACGAGGGAAAUUUCUAAUGACUUUUAAGAGAUUGAAUCUUACAGGAUGCGAACGAAACUACCUUACUAUAAGAAAUGGCGGCUUCUACUCGCCAAUGUUGCCCAAAUAUUGCGGAUCUAUUGCACCGAAUGCUACAACAUCAGGAUCUAACAAAUUGUGGAUUGAGUAUCACGCCGAAGACCCGAGUGAUUUUGAACUACAGUUGGAUUCACAUAAUUCACAUGAUUCCGCUUGCGGUAUAGUGCGCACGAGAAACCGUGGAGAGAUUUCCAGUCCUAAGUUCCCAACACAGUAUCCGAAUAAUGCUGAGUGCUCAUGGAACUUAACAGUAGACAACGGAUAUCACAUUGGAUUAGAGUUUGUAGACCGGUUCCAGCUGGAAGAAAGUGCCGACUGUGCCAAGGACUUCGUCCAGGUGUUCGAUUGGCGCGAAGAUCCUACAACCGGGGUUACUUCGUGGUAUCCUUACCCAAAACUAUGCGGUAGAACAAUACCCCAGCCGCUGAACUCAACUUCAAAUCGUAUGAGAGUUCUGUUCCGGUCAAAUGACAAAAUUCAAGCGGAUGGAUUCCAUGCGAAGUGGGGCACCAACUGUGGUGGGACCAUAGUAGUAACGAAGCAAAGGAAGUAUCUCACUUCGCCUGGAUGGCCCCUAGAAUACGACGGGAAUCUGUUCUGUAACUAUACGUUUUUAGCGCCGGGAAUGAGCUUCAUUGUACGGUUUAUUGAAUUCGAGUUGGAAAGUUCAGACACGAUCAGCAACUGUCAGUAUGACAACCUUACUAUAAUAGAGACCAAUAGGUAUAUGAGGGACACUACUACUUGGUGUGGUGAUGAUGGUCCACCUACACAAAGAGUUGAUUCACGAUUGGAAAUGCACUUUGCAACGAACUCAUAUUUUCAACGUAGGGGAUUCAAAUUAGAGUACUACGUCGACGAAUGCGGCGGCGUGAUAACUAGCCCUGCGGACAUAACUUCACCUGCGUUAGACGCUAGUGAUACUUAUUACGGAAGAAUUAAUUGUACUUGGAUCGUAGAGGCCCCACCUGGAAAAACUAUUGUUCUCAGAAUUGAAAGCUUCGAUCUUGAAACCAGUAGAAGGUGCCGGUUCGACUACGUAGCCGUGUACUCCACCCGGACUACGGAGAAAGAAAAUAGGUUAAUUUUACUGUGUGGUACGUCGAUUGGAAACCCCGCGAUCAGAUCAACAACUGGUAUCAUGAACAUAAACUUCGUUACGGACAAUUCCGUUCACGGACGUGGCUUCAAAGCAAAGGUUUUAUUCACUACCGGUAUCGCGAAUGGAUGUGGGGGUGAUAUCGAUCUUUCAGGAUCACAAACUUUCCGAACACAAACUAAUGCGAUCUACAAUUCUUUGGAAGAUUGUCACUGGUCCGUCCAAGCGGCGAGCGAUCAUUACAUUAGACUGACGAUGAAUAGCAUGGACUUGAAAAAUGCAACGUCUCUAGCGGGUGCAAAUCGGACAGCAAGCGUGUCAUGCUCUGGUGACUAUUUGGAGAUACGUGAUGGAUUGGGUCCGUUUUCCGAACUGAUCGGCAUAUACUGUGGAAAUAUUAUUCCACCACCUAUAUCGUCAACAACAAAUAGAAUGUGGAUCAGAUUUGUGACCGAUGGUACACUAAAUGGCAAUGGAGUGACGGCAACACUUGAAGCACUUCAUUCUCCUUGCGGUAAUAGAAGUCUGUUGAUUGAAAAUCAUACUCAAAAAUUGAAAUCACCAAACUUUCCGGGCGUGUACGAUGCUGGAUUGAGAUGUCGCUGGUUCCUCUCUUACCCCGAUGAAAGGUUAAACUAUUGGAAGAGUUUGACCAUACACUUCAACCACUUUGACUUAGAGAGUUCUGAGAAUUGUAAUAACGACAAGUUGACUAUCUACGAUAAAAAUGCUGAUACCCACAUCAGUGAAGGUUUCGGGGAAAACUUGGUUUACGGUGGUGCAGGAAGGCCAAAUAGAUACUUCUGGAUGAAUAGCCGUCUGACACAAGAAACUUAUUCAUACUGUGGUAGUAAUCUACCAUUCGAUUUUCACAGCUAUGGACAGGGUAUUGAAAUCAUUUUUGAAUCGUCCCCAAAUCCAAAAGAAAGGCACACUGGAUUUGAGCUCGAAUACAGUGAGAGCGUGUGUAAUAGGAAUUUCACUCGUCCUCAAGGGCGCAUUUUUCACCAAGGUUCGGACGAGUGUUUCUUCACGAUAACAGCUCCAGUGAAUUCCACGAUUUCACUUUACUUUAACAGCUUUUCCCUGUCAUCCAGUCGAAAUUGUUCUAGACAAGCGUUACAGAUAUAUGAUGGGAGUUUCAGCAAUACCACCUUGGCUCAAUUGUGUGGUUACAGCAUACCAGAGCCUAUCUUUAGUUCUGGGAACAAACUGAGCUUGCAUUCGUGGUCUCAAGUUAUUUCAUCCUUUCAAAAUUACGAUAUAACGUAUACGACGACUGACAAAGGAAGAGGCUGCGGAGGAAAGCUUUACAAUAGCGAAGGUCGCUUCACAUCCCCGCUAUAUCCGGGACCGUUCCGUAACGUAAGCGAAUGCACUUGGGAAGUGACUGUGCCAUCGGGUUUUGUUGUGGAUCUGGACUUCAAAGUGUUUGACAUUGGAGUGAAGGAAACCUGCCCGACAGAUGUAUUGAAAAUUUAUAAUGUACAGCCCGAUGGGCAGGAAUUAUUCGUGAAGAGUUACUGUGGCGAGGAUCUUCCAACUCCGUACCGUUCCUCAAAUUACAAGAUAUUGAUAAAGUACAUGACAUCGAUGAAUAACGGGGGUAUGGGCUGGAUUAUUGAAUUCAAAGCACGUCGUCAUGAAUAACGAACUGGCGCUGAACCGUCCGUGCACAUUGAACAACCAUUCGACAAUUUGUGCUACAACGGGCUUGAAAGAAAAGGACCAGAUUUACAAUAAAUGAAAUUGCCAAUUGCACACGGAUUCUUAAAAUUGAAGUUUACCUAAAGUACUUUUAGUGUCACAGCUGUGAUGUUGUUAAUAGAGUUGGGACAAUCCCAUCUGUAUAUUUAUUUACAUUACUGCGAUAUUUUACGAUAUGAAAAUGAUUUUUCUUCUUUUUGAAUUAUGUCAUUCAGCCUGUGAGGUUUUAUUGCUUCGACAUUGAACAAUCAUUCCAUGUCAUCUUGUAUUAUGAUAAUUUCUUCAAUCAUUAUACCCAUUCUUCGAUAUAAUUUUCAUGUGUGGGUACUAUACAUCACGUCUAAUUGUAUCAUGUUUGUAUUUAUAGAGGUGAGUCUUAAAUAAAUUGCA